AUGGACUCUAUGCAAGAUAAACAACAAACAAUAGACCGACGAAAGUGGACAGUAGUCUGCAAGCACUGACUCAAAGGUCUGUGUCAAAAGGACGACAAGUGUGAAUACCUCCACCAAUACGACCUUUCCAGAAUGCCGAUCUGUUCAUCAAUUACCAAAGGACGUCCAUGCACCUCAGAAGACUGCGUUUUCAAGCACAUCGACCCAAACCAGAAGCGCUGCCCUCGUUACGAGCUUGGAUUUUGCAUAAAAGGUCCUCAAUGCAAGGAAAGACACGAAAGAACUAACGAACCACCUACAUAUCUCCCCGAUAAAUAUUUUGCUGAGAUAAUUAAUCCAAUGUUUCAUUCAAUGGUGCCUAUGAAAACUGAUUCUUUAUUUCUCCCUGCAGGGCAGGUCCAAUUUCAAGGGACUUCCCGCUAUUUUAUUGCAUGCGGAACAACUGAGGCAGUUCAGACAGCCCUCAUUCAUUCUGCAUGGGCUACUACAAAUUCAAACUUAACUGUUUUGAGAAAUUCAUUAAAACAAAGCGAAAAUGUUGCUUUGAUUUUUAGGGAUGAUAAAUAUUUUUAUGGGUUUGCCAAAAUCGUAGGAGAUAUUGACCCUAAUUUUAAGCCAGGAAUUUUUGGAGAUGACCCGUCUACUGCUGCUAAUUUUAGAAUUAGAUGAAUUAAGAAAUGCAGACUAGAACUAGACUCCACAAACCACUUAAGAAAUCCAUUUGAUGGGAUGUUAAGGGUAAGAAUGGGAAAAGAAGCCCAAGAAAUUGAAGGAGAGGUCGCAGAAAAAAUCUGCUCAAUGAUGGUGCCGCUACAAGAUUACGAAGUUUUAGAGUACAAGAAAUCUAAGAGGCAAAGAGAAGAUGAGAAGAACGGGAAACAUCCUGAUAAAAAACACAGAAGUUAA